AUGACUAUACUCGUAAAGCAUGAAACAACUUUAUCAUCUGUAUUACUUAAAAAAUUAAUGAAUGUAGAAGUAGAUACCGUUUCUCUUACAGAGAUAAUUAGGGAUGACGGCUUUGGUUCAUGGACACAGUGGAGUAGUUGUAGUGAAACGUGUGGAAUGGGUAUUCACAAGCGAACAAGAUCAUGUUUAAAACACCGGUCUGAUACUGAUUUUCAACAAUCAAUUUGUAACGGUUUCUCAAAUGAAAUCGAAACAUGCGAACUACAGACAUGUGUUGAUGAUCAAGAAUUUCUCGAUGAUUUAUUACAACUCGAACGUGUCAUUGAUGAAAAUUCCUUUUUACCAUAG